AUAUAAGAUUUUUAUAUUAUGUGAUGAUAAUCAUUCCUGGAAGUAAAGAAAAAUGUACAUUGAAUCAUAUUUGAUACUUUUUACAAUAGUAUAUCUAUUGUUAUGGCGGUGUAUUAUUGAACAAUAUUGAACAAUAAAACAAUGAAGUGGAUUCACCGCAUGCUCUCUGUCACCGCCCUUUAUGCCACGACUCUGAUAUAUUUGGUGUCAAGAAUACAGCAUAACGACAAGUCAUCCACGGACUCUUUUCCGCUACAAGAUUGUGCUGAAUCUCUAACAGAAAAGCAGAAGGUUGAAGAGGUGAUAAAGACGACACUAGCAGAUGAAGAAGAUGUUCAUAUUACGGUGUUACCUAGGAAACAAUUUGGACCAGGAAUAAACGGGUCGGAAGUUGUCAUGGACGUAUCCGAAAUUUCCCCGGAAGAUCUUCCUCAAUACAGAGACGAUUUUGCACGUGACGAUUUUAAUGGUUACCUUAGCGACAUAAUCUCGAUGCACAGAAUAGUGGAUGAUUAUAGACCGGAUAUGUCUGGUGGUCGAGAAGAAGUCGGGAUGUUGGUCAGGUUGUCGUCGAGAAGUAGUCGUAAAUCAUCGUGUAGGGUCGACUUGAGGUCGUGUAGGAGUCGUGAAUGUGCAUUUAAUCCAGCUUGGUCGGGCUUCUUCGGGGAAUUAAUGUGA